AUGGCAAAGUUAUGGACUAAUAUUACUUAUAGAAGAUGUAAACAAGAAUUAAAUUCAACUAUAGUUUAUAUUAAUAUUGAAUCAGAAGAACAAGAAUCAUUAAAUACAAACUUAAAUGAACAAGAUAAAGAGAGUAAUCCUAAGAAUGAAGAAACACAAAUUCAAAAUCAAUUAGAUCAAUGGUUAAAAAUACUUCAAGAAAAUAAUGAAAAUAUAGUUGAUUUAGAUUUCGAUAUUAUGUAG